AUGUCUCAACCCAGCCCAAAGGCUCAAGAGACCACAGAAACACCACAAUGCAGCACUGAAGAUGGCAUUGCAUACGAAGCUCUUCCACCGGAACAAAAAGAAAUGAGCGACAUCUUGCGUCACAUGGAUCGGGACCCUGACUUGAUGGGUAUUGCACACCUCGGCGAUGACGGAGUAUUUCGCUUUCUCGACGCCGAUCGCAACAUUCAUUACGCUACCCCUUUGAGGCCUACCUUGAUCAAGGCUCUUCUCGACCGUCUACCAUACGAUGAGGAUGCAGAGAAACGCUACCGUGGAGUCGACGGAACUAGAGUACCGAAAGAACAGUGGUAUAAUCCACCUGCUGGUAUACUUCCUCCGCCAUUGUCAGAAGAGGGGCGGAAAGAGGAGCGGGAAAUCAUGGAAAAGCAUAAGGAGAAGUUUGACAAGAUACGUCAGGACCUGAAAGAUGGCAUUUACGAGGACCGUCCCGUCUUCAUAGAAUCAGACCACAAGCUUGAAUAA